UAAUUAAUAUAUAAUACAGAGAGGAUCAAAAAGUAGUGAUCACGAAGCAAAAAGUUGGCAAAUUAUUGAAGGUAUAUAGCAUCUUCCUUUGCUCUCUCAGAUCUGUCCUUAUUCAAUUUACAGAACAGAAGAAAAAGAGAAGAUGGGAAGGAAGCCUUGCUGUGCAAAGGAAGGUUUGAAUAGAGGAGCUUGGACUGCUGCUGAAGACAAGAUUCUGACUGAAUACAUCAAGAUUCAUGGUGAAGGCAAAUGGCGACACCUUCCCAAAAGAGCAGGUCUGAAGAGAUGUGGGAAGAGUUGUAGGCUGAGAUGGUUAAAUUAUCUAAGACCUGAUAUCAAACGAGGAAAUAUUACUGAUGACGAAGAGGAUCUCAUUAUCAGGCUUCACACUCUUCUUGGAAAUAGGUGGUCUUUGAUAGCUGGAAGACUGCCGGGACGAACAGACAAUGAGAUAAAGAAUUAUUGGAACACCAACAUCGGAAAGAGGCUUCAAAAUGGUAACUCAAAAUUCUUCACUACCUCAAAUGGCGUUGAACCCGGCUCCUCGAGUUUAGCCGGGCAAGACUCCGACCCGGAUCCAGAGUUUGACAUAAAACCCCCACAAAAAACGGCUGCUCCAUGCCCGAUUCCACCCAAAGCAACAAGGUGCACCAAUGUGAUACUUAGCCAAGAACUCCAACCUCGUAAUCACACGAACGUUACCUGCGAUGAUGAGGAAACAAUGGACGCUCCACCUUUCGUGGAUUCCGAGGGAAUCGUCACAAACAACCUGUUGGAUUUCAUGGUGGAUUUUGAGAUCGACGAGGGUGUAUUUUCAGAUCUUCUGAAUACGGACAUACCAGAACCAUCUUGUUUUGAGAAUAAAGUUGUGGCUGUGGAAGAAGCAGACAGUAGCGCCGCCAGCACCAGUGAUGAACAAGGUUGUUAUUAUCAUUUGUCUCCUCCGACGAUUUCUAAUAAUGAAACCUGCUUGAAUAAUGUUUCCGAUGAUUCCAUAUUGCAUAGUCCUGAGGAUUUCCAAUCAAUGUCGGCUCUGAUGGAGACGAUGAAUUCGAUUGGCUUUGAAAUCUUCUAAAGCGUAUACUAGUUGUAAUUACUUCUGGGAUGUUUCACUGCACAAAGAUUUCGAUCUUGUAUUAUUAUAUUGACGUUGAAAUUAUAGCUCGAUGUGGGAAAUCUCAAACUAUAAAUUAUUCCAUUUCUGUUAUGGUUAUUAGGUAGCCAUGUGUGCUCAUAAAUAACAUUUGUUUUUCUUUCUG